UCGGUGGUUAGGACAGACGUGUAAUACCAAGGAACAAGAAUCAGUUUCCAAGGCAGCCAGAAGAGAGAGUUUGAGAAGUCAAACUUAGGAGUUCGUCUUCCUUGUAUCAGGCAUGGGAUCUGAGAUCUCGAAGCAGAUCCAGAGAAGGAAGGAUGUGCUGCGAGAGGCCAAAGUCCUGAGGGAUCUCAUCGAAACCUGUGGGACGCAAUUCCCCGGUUGCGACUACUGCUGUUUGGAUAGGAAGAACUGGAUGAACGGUCUCGAUCCCGAAAAGCUUCCUCUUUUCAAGAUUGUCUGGCCAGGAACUCAUGAUUCCGCGACCAACAAGAUUGGAAUCCGGUUCAUGUCUCGUCCUUUUGCCCAAUGCCAAUCGCUAAGUAUCUAUGAUCAGCUCGUGGGAGGCACUCGGGUGUUUGAUAUUCGAAUCCAGGAGGAUCGCCGGGUAUGCCACGGAAUUUUAGCGACUUAUAGUGUAGAUGUCGUCCUGAACGACGUCAAGAAGUUUUUAGGUGAGACAAAGUCCGAGAUUAUAAUACUAGAAGUCCGAACUGAGUUUGGUCAUCAGGACCCGCCUGAGUUUGAUCAGUACUUGGUGGAUCAGCUCGGGGAGUACCUGAUCGGCCAGGAUGAAUGUGUUUUUUGUAAGACGAUUGCGGAUUUGUUGCCGAAGAGAGUGAUUUGUGUCUGGAAGCCUAGGAACUCGCCCAAACCACAGGCGGGAGGCCCAUUGUGGAGUGAGGGUUAUCUGAAGGAUGACUGGAUCAAUACCGAUUUACCAUCAACCAAGUUCGAUAGCAAUAUGACGCAUUUAGGUGAGCAGCCGCCAGCUUCCACGAGGAAAUACUUUUACAGGGUCGAGAACACAGUAACGCCGCAAGCGGACAAUCCGGUUGUGUGUGUCAAGCCGGUCACUAAUCGCAUUCAUGGAUAUGCUAGGCUAUUUAUAUCUCGUUGCUUCUCUAAAGGGCUGACUGAUAGGUUGCAGAUCUUCUCGACGGACUUUAUAGAUGGAGAUUUCAUAGAUGCUUGUGUUGGCCUUACAUGUGCAAGGAUUGAAGGGAAAGCCUAAACAGUGCCAUUUUAUGUGUUCAGUUGUCUCUGUGAAGCUGAUUGUCCAUUUGUCUCAGGUUCACUUUUGUACACUUGAUAGUAUAGACUCUUCGUUGUCCACGCAGAUAUUGACAGUCUGUUUUCAAUAGGGUUGAAGUGUACUAAUGUCAGUUACACUUGAAACUCAUACAAUGUCUUUCUGUAUGUUAAUUUAACUUUCAAAA